AAGAGACUGGAUAUUACAGCUCGGCUAGUACAAAGAGCUGAAACAAGUGGAUGCAAAGCUGUUGUUCUUACUGUUGAUGUUCCCAGACUUGGCAGAAGGGAGGCAGACAUAAAGAACAAGUAAAAUGCUUUCCUCUUCCUCUCUCGCUCCCCCAUUUCCCUGGGGCAUGGAUAUCAUGGUCAUGAACAAAGUUCGGGAUGAGGGUUCAAAUGUAAAAGCUUUUGCUGAUUCAACUGUUGAUGCUUCUUUGAGUUGGAAGGACAUUGGAUGGUUGAGAUCUAUAACAAAAUUGCCGAUUCUGAUCAAGGGAGUUCUUACACACGAAGAUGCAAUUAAGGCAGUGGAAGCAGGUGUAGCUGGGAUAAUUGUCUCGAAUCAUGGAGCUCGACAGCUAGAUUAUAGUCCAGCCACGAUAUCAGUUCUGGAAGAGGUUGUUCAUGCAGUCAAAGGGAAAGUCCCUGUUUUUAUUGAUGGAGGAGUGCGGCGAGGAACAGAUGUUUUCAAGGCAUUGACCCUUGGGGCAGAAGCAGUGCUGAUAGGAAGGCCUGUUGUCUAUGGGUUGGCGGCAAAAGGGCAGCUGGAGUUAAAAGGGUCAUUGAGAUGCUGA